GGGAGGAGCUACUUCCGCUUCGUCUCGGAUGAGGCUGCUUCCGCUUCUGGGUUCAAAGGUCGCAUCUCCGGAGGUGGCGGAAGAAAAACAGGCGGUGAAGUGGAUCAGUCUUCCAGCAUGGCUUCCUUCGGGUGGAAAAGGAAGAUCGGUGAGAAGGUUUCAAAGGCCACUUCCCAGCAGUUUGAAGCUGAAGCUGCUGAUGAGGAGGAGGAUCUAGCUGACAAGGAAGAUGGUAACGGUGUCCAUAAAGCUAAGAAGAGGAAGGACAGUCUCAUGGGGGACUGCGUGGAGAAAAGCAAGCAGCUCAAGGAUGAAGGUGCAGUUUUGGCUGAGAAUAGGAGGUACUGGGAGGCUAUUCACAAAUGGGAUGAAGCACUUCAGUUAACUCCAGAAGAUGCUACACUUUAUGAGAUGAAAUCACAGGUCCUGAUGUCUCUGCAUGAAAUGUUUCCAGCGGUACAUGCAGCAGAAAUAGCUGUCCAGAGAAAUCCCCGUUCUUGGGAGGCAUGGCAGACGUUGGGGCGUGCUCAGCUUGGAUUAGGGGAAAUAGUAUUGGCAAUCAGAAGUUUUCAGGUGGCCUUGCACAUCUAUCCAAUGAAUCCUGAAGUGUGGAAAGAGGACCUUUCCUGGGCCAGAAAGCUCCGUGAGCAACAGAAGAAAGCAGCAAACCCUGAAGCAACACAAGCAAUGGCAAAAGAAAAGUCUGCUACACAAGAAUCUAUCCCAGACUAUGACUUUGAAAGUGAUGAGAUUGUGGCGGUUUGUGCUGCCAUAGCUGAGAAGGAAAAACCCAUGUCCGAAACUAAAACAGUGGUCAUCGUGUCUGCUUCAGGCACAGUGGAGACUAUAACUGAAGAAGAGAAAUGCGCUACAACUCUUGAUGAUAGCACUUUUAUCAAAGCCCGAUAGUGUAGCAUAACCUUUUGCCAGUAUUGCUUUGAAAUGUAAUGUUAUUUAUCAAGCGUUUGAAUGUCUUUUUAGCAGCAGAGCAAACUUGCAAAAGAGAAAAGACAGGAGGUGCUAAAGCAGUUUUUUCAGAGAGAAAGUGUUUUUAUGUAGAUAUGAAAAAAGCAACAGAUAAGCAAAGAUCCAAUUUCUCAUUCCCUCCAUACUUCUGGAGAAGGAAGCUAGUUGUUGAUAUUAAAACUCUUUUUUUUUUUUUGUGAAGAUUACAUUAAAAUAAUUUGAAACUACUAACUACAUUAUAUCAACUCUGAGUUUAUCCAACUUUGUUGCAUAAUUGUUCUGUAUAAAUGAUGUCUGUUUUUUUUUACCUGUGCUUAUUUAUCUGUUACUUAAAAAGAAACCACAAAGGGAAAUUUAAUGAAAAUGUUACUUCUCAAUCCUUAAUUAUUGACAUUAAUUAGCAGCCAGUUCAGUGAUGAAUUUUAUUUGGCGAAGUCUUUAUUUUCAUUAGUGUAGGGAUUUCAUUAAAAAGCUACAGAUGAUUGUGGAUA